UCCCUCUCUUUGUUUCUUUCUUUGUCUGUCUCAAUUCUCAGCAGUCAGCCCCCCCACCCCACCAAAAAUUAAUUCAAAAACCGCCGUUUUCAUUUCAUUUACUCCUCCAGUCCAGAGGACUCACAAACAAGCAAGAAAAUUCCAUCAGUGUUCCUGUUUUUCGUUUGUUUCAGGCGCUUUCUGCAGCUGCUGAAUAUUGUAAAGGAAUCAGUUUGAUGUAGUUCCAUUCUAUCCAUUUCGCCCGCUGCCUGUCCCUCUCUGUUUCUGACACCAAACACCUCUCUUUGAAUCCAAGUCUUCCUCCUUCGUGGGUUGCUUUUUGCUUUCAUGGGUUGUUGCUGAUUUUGAUUCAAGAUUUACUGCUAAGCUUACUACCUUUGGGUUUUCUUUAAUUCUUGACAGAAUCUUGCGUUUCCUCUUACGGGAUUUAUUGCCAUUCUUUAUAUUGUUUGUUGAUAAACAGUUGAAAUACCCCUGAGUUGGACCAUCUUUAUAGUUCAUUCACUUGUCUCAUAAGCCCACUUCUUUAGCUCUUUUUUUUCUUUCUGUUUUGGGUUCUUUUCCUUUUUAUCUUUUCAUUUUGUUUUCUUUGAAACUGUUGUUCUUGAUGGGUUCGUCGAGCACUUAAGGUGUGCUAAUGUGUAGAAGAAAGAUGAUAUCUUUUACUUCAUUACUGUUUCUGUAUUUCAGUUCAGGCCUCUUCGUUGCGGAUUGCUUUGCAUUUCCAAAGAAUGAAGUUGAAGCUUUAACUUCUUUCAAGAGAGCUAUUUUCGAGGACCCUUUACUGGUUUUGUCAAAUUGGGAUCCUCUGGUCUCAGAUCCUUGUAAUUGGUCUGGCAUUUCUUGUUCUAUGGCUGGAGACCAUGUCGUAAAGCUUAACAUAUCUCGAGCAUCGUUAAAGGGUUUUAUUGCACCGGAAUUUUACCAGCUCUCGACUUUGCAAGAACUAAUUUUGCAUGGCAAUUUGUUGAUUGGUUCAAUACCGAAGGAAAUUGGCAUGUUGAAGAACCUCAAGGUUUUGGAUUUGGGGUCAAACCAGCUAACAGGACCAAUACCGCCUGAGAUUGGAAACUUAACCGGCAUUGAGAAAAUAAACCUUCAGUUGAAUAGGUUGACUGGGAAGCUGCCUUACGAACUUGGUAACUUGAGAUACCUUCAGGAACUUCGGCUCGAUAGAAACAAGUUUCUAGGAACUAUCCCUGCUAGUAAUAGCUCGCAGUUUUUAUCCAACGCCCAUGGAAUGUAUGCUUCAAAAGAUAGCCCUCUGGGGUUCUGUGGAUCCUCCCUGUUGAAAGUGGUAGACUUAUCAUACAAUUUUUUGGUUGGAAGCAUACCUAAGUGCUUGGAGCAUCUACCAAGAUCCAGUUUCCAGGGCAAUUGCCUUCAAGCCAAAGAUGCAAAGCAGCGUCCUGCUGCACAAUGUGGUGUGCCUCCGCCUAUUAGAACCCGUCCAGGAAUUAACACAAAACACAGGCCUAUUGAAGAUCGAACUAAACAUCGAUCUACCAACACGAAACCUGCAUGGCUCCUAGUUCUCGAAAUAGCCACAGGAAUCAUGGUUGGUUUGCUAUUUGUCGUCGCUCUUUUUACUGCAUUCCAGAAGUGGAAGAGAAAACCUUCAAUCAUCAUCCCAUGGAAGAAGUUCGCAAGUACAAAGGACUAUAUGACAACUUACAUAGAUUCUGAUGCAAUGAAGAACGUUACGAGAUAUAGCAGGCAAGAACUUGAGGUAGCCUGUGAAGAUUUCAGCAACAUCAUUGGUUCGUCCCCGGAUAGCCUGGUCUACAAAGGCACCAUGAAAGGUGGGCCUGAAAUUGCUGUGAUAUCCCUUUGCAUCAAAGAAGAGCAUUGGACAGGCUACCUCGAAAUUUACUAUCAAAAAGAGGUGGCAGAUUUGGCAAGAUUAAAUCACGAGAAUGCCGGGAAACUGAUAGGCUAUUGCAGAGAAAGCCAUCCGUUCACAAGGAUGCUGGUUUUUGAGUACGCAUCAAAUGGAACACUCUAUGAGCAUCUUCACUAUGGAGAAGGAUGUCAAUUCUCUUGGACGCGGCGCAUGAAUAUUAUACUGGGUAUUGCACGCGGACUGAAGUAUCUUCAUACGGAACUUGAUCCUCCAUUUACUAUAUCCGAAUUGAGCUCCAGUUCCGUUUAUCUGACUGAAGAUUUUUCUCCAAAGCUGGUUGAUUUUGAAUGCUGGAAAAUGAUCUUCUCAAGAUCAGAAAAGAGCUCAGGCACUAUAAGCAAUGAAGGUGCUGUUUGUAUACUUCCAGAUGCUUUGGAAGGACGUCAUCUAGAUAUCCAGGGAAACAUUUAUGCAUUCGGGAUUCUGUUACUUGAGAUUGUCAGUGGGAGGCCUCCAUAUUGCAAAGACAAAGGUUGCUUAGUCGAUUGGGCAAAGGAGUUUCUGGAAUCGCCCAACAAUAUGUCUUAUGUAGUGGAUCCUGAACUGAAACAUUUCAGACAGGAGGACCUUAAAGUGAUAUGCGAGGUUGUGAACCUAUGUGUCCAUCCGAGUUCCAGUACCAGGACGUCCAUGAGGGACUUGUGCUCCAUGUUGGAAAGUGGUAUAGACACAUCCAUAUCUUUCGAAAUCAAGGCGUCGUCUCUGGCUUGGGCUGAGCUCGCCCUUUCUUCAUAGUGACUGGAAGCUAACAUUGUAAAUUUGGAUAUAGACAUAGUAGCGACACUUGUAUUUACCUUUUCUUUCUCGUUUGUUCUAAUCUCACCAGUGAUCUUGAUUCUUGGGUUGUCUGAGUUCUUGUAAAUCUUGCCUGCUAUAAGAAACAUAGGUUUCCUUAAUUCUUUUGUACAACAUUGCCCUCACAUUUGAGGUCAUUAGAGUAGUGGAUGAAGGGCUUGCUUCAUUGUUGCCUCAUGCGAGUGUCCUCUUUUAAGGAAGAUUAAUGCCGGUUCUCCAA